AUUUGGCUCCGUAAAAAAAGCCGGCUAAUUUGGCUCCCAAACGGCUCUUUGUUCAAAAUGCUUAAACCUUGAACUAGAACCAUGAGAAAUCGCAAAUCUAAAAUGUAAAGCCCAAAAGGUAAGAUACUAUCAUCUCAGAUCGUGAAAUGCGCGUUCAAAUAUAUUUUUAUCUGGCCAAAUGAUUCGUUUUUGCGUGGACCAGAUUCAUGCGGUCUCCCCACUAUUUAUUGUUUCUGUAGUGAGGAUUCACAUUCUUUAGGUAAUUAUUUUGUAACGUAACCGUAGAAAAACCUUAUUUUGAGCUCAAAAAGCAGUAUCUGCAGUAUGCAAAUCAGGGAGCCGAAUUAAUGAGUAUUUCACUGAUACGAUUCGGUUCCUAAUCUUAACCAAAAAGAUUCUUUCAAAAGAGCCGUUCGUUCGCGACGCAUAGUAGAGCAAACGUUGACGAAGAAGGAACGGUCCUUCAGUUUACUGGUUAAAUCGGAGGACUCUGUUUUUCAUUUUUAUAUGCCUUCUGCGUGUACCAUCUUCAUCUCCAUUUUCUUCAAUCCUGCCCUUGCAUGACCUGUGCUGUCUAGGCUAGAAGGCGUUGGCUCCCUGUUCUAUUGUGUGUCCCUUGUCACAAUGUCCAAUGAACCUUCAUCUAGAUAUGCUGCUGCAAUAUCAGCCCUUUCCCUCAGUUUACCUGCUGUUAACCCCAACCCAACCCUUACUCUCAGUUCAUCCACUGCCCCCAACUCAUCGCUUACCCCUAAACCCUCUCUUAUCCCCAAAUCACAUAUUACUUCCAAAUCCCUUACCCCUAAACCACUAGUUGCCCCUACCCCCAAACCACCCUUUGCCAUCAAACUACCCACUGCUGCCAGCCCAGCCCCUUUAAAUUCAUAUCCCCCUUCACUUGAGAUUUUGGGAUCAGAUGAUGAGGAACAGGAGAAUCCAUCUGAUUACUGCAUAGGUGGGUACUACCCGGUGGAAAUUGGAGAGAUAUUCAUUGACCGUUACCAGGUGGUGAAGAAGCUGGGAUGGGGCCACUUCUCUACUGUGUGGCUAGGCUGGGACAUGGAGAAGAGGCGUUUCGUGGCUCUGAAGUUGGUAAAGAGUGCUCCAACCUUCACAGAGACCGCUUUGGAUGAGAUCAAGCUUCUGAAAUGUGUAAGGGACAGUGAUCCAUCUGACCCUAAACGUGACACUGUUGUGCAGCUUAUUGAUGACUUCAAAGUCUCUGGAGUCAAUGGGGAGCAUGUAUGCAUGGUUCUUGAAGUGCUGGGUCACCAGCUGCUGAAGUGGAUCAUCAAAUCCAACUACACUGGCCUUCCCCUGCCCUGCGUUAAGAGCAUCCUUAGACAGGUUCUUCAGGGCUUAGAUUACUUGCACACUAAAUGCAAGAUUAUCCACACAGACAUCAAGCCAGAGAACAUCCUUUUGAGAGUGGAUGAGGUUUAUGUCCAGGAGCUGGCAGCCGACACCAAGCUAUGGGAGCUGCCAGUGUCUUCUGCUCCCACAAGCUGUUCAGCAAACACCAGUCUAAGAGAAAAGCAGAUUGUGUCAAACUUGAUGGGAAAAUUGACGGUGGCUUUCCAGGCUCUUGGGGUUUGGACUGGGAAGGUCUCCAGGAUCCCGAUGGCCAGGUUGUCGAGGAAGGAGAAGAAACAACAACAGCCGCAGAAGGGCGAGGACACUUUAGUUGGCCGUCAGAAGAGGGAGAAACCUCAUGUGUCAUUCUCUAAUACCACCACUCCCUGUAGCAUCCCUAAUUCCACCUCGUCCCCUAAGCCUUCAGGUCCUGUGCAUACUACUUGGAGACGGACCCUGCUGCAUGAAGAAGCAAUGGGCUCUGACAGCAAGGAGUCGGCCUCGUCACCGAUGGAAGAUGCACCAUCAUUGACUACAAUGUCUCACUGUUCUAGACAAUCUAUAGUGUUACAUCAUUCUACCCAGAGAGACAACCUGCCCUCAUCACCAUCACAUGGGUUAAGUGAAACAGAUCUGUUGGUGAAUCUUCUGAAGCCACAGAAUGCUGAUAAAAUCAGCAUCAAGAUUGCAGAUCUGGGAAAUGCCUGCUGGGUGUACAAACAUUUCACAGAAGACAUCCAGACCUGCCAGUACCGCUCUGUUGAGGUCCUGAUUGGGUCUGACUAUGGCACUCCUGCAGACAUCUGGAGCAUAGCCUGCAUGGCGUUUGAGCUGGCUACCGGGGAGUAUCUGUUUGAACCCCAUUCAGGGGACAACUUCUCACGAGAGGAAGAUCACAUUGCUCACAUAAUUGAGUUGCUGGGACCCCUUCCAUCCCAGUUUGCCCUCUCAGGGAGAAACUCCAAACGAUAUUUCAAUCACAAUGGGCAUCUGCGGCGCAUCUCAAGGCUGAAACCGUGGAGUUUGUGUGAGAUCCUGCUGGAUAAGUAUGAGUGGCCGCGGGAACAGGCAGUCCAGUUCAGUGCUUUCCUCCUCACCAUGCUGGAGCCCCUCCCAGAGAAGAGAGCCACCGCUGCCCAGUGUCUGAAACACCCCUGGAUCUCCUUAUAGACAUCAUACCACUGCCUGGUGUCUAAACUCCCCCUGGAUCUCCUUAUAGACACAAAGCCACCACCGCUGCCCAGUGUCUGAACCCGAUCUGGAUCUCCUCAUGGAUACAGUGCAGUCUCAGAGCAGACACAGAGGUUACACAGGUGACACAGUGUCAAACAGGCUGGGACAAGUGCCUUAAUAUGAUGUUUGAAUAGUGGGUAAUGGCUGAUAUUCAGCAAGUGUUAUUUUUUCAGCUGAUCUUCUGCAAUGUUAUUUUUCUGUUUGCUCAGGGAGAGCAGUCAACUAUCAAUAUAUGUUGUCUGAUUAUUUAACACCUUUGAUGUAAAGAAAAUAACUUAUGAUUUGGAGUGAUAUGCCAGAUGGCCAGUCCGCCCCUGCUGGGAAAGCUCUAUUUUUGUUUUUGAGUUUCAUUGAAUAAAUGUUAUUUGUUUA